AUGGGAGGUUCACGGGUGAAGACCACUGGGAUUCUAAUAUGUCUGUGUUACUUUCCCCACACUGGCAUUUCAGAUGAUCUCUAUGGUAAAUUAUCAAAUGUAUACCAAUAAUAGGGUAGCAGGGUAUACAGAUUCAAAGAAACAUUGCUUGGAUUGUGGACAUUUAACUUGAAUGUCCAAUUAUUUUCUGUGUAUAUUUUUUGUUGAACAAGCCCCAGCUUUAUCCCACCUACAGGUCCAAAGUGUGGUCUUCCACAGGUCAGGAACUUCUUUGACCGUUCUUUGAGAAUCGUUGGAGGGUUGGAGGCAAGAUAUAGAGCCCACCCCUGGUUGGCAAGUGACUUCCUUUUACUGUACAUGUGACACCCUCCUUUUGAGAAAUAUGGCUAUGAGGAUACAGUGCAUUUGGAAAGUAUUCAGACCCCUUUACUUUUUCCACAUUUUGUUACGUUACAGCCUUAUUCUAAAAUUGAUUAAAUUGUUUUUGUCCCUCAUCAAUCUACACACAAUACCCCAUAAUGAUGAAUCAAAAACAGGUUUUUAGAUUGUUUUGCAAAUGUAUAAAAAAAAAAACGGAAAUAUCACAUUUACAUAAGUAUUAAGACCCUUUACUCAGUAAUAUGUUGAAGCACCUUUGGCAGCGAUUACAGCCGCGAGUCUUCUUGGGUAUGACGCUACAAGCUUGGCACACCUGUAUUUGGGGAGUUUCUCCCAUUCUUCUCUGCAGCUCCUCUCAAGCUCUGUUAGGUUGGAUGGGGAGCAACACUGCACAGCUAUUUUCAGGUCUCUUCAGAGAUGUUCGAUCAGGUUCAAGUUCGGGCUCUGGCUGGGCCACUCAAGGACAUUGAGACUUGUCCCGAAGCCACUCCUGCAUUGCUUGGCUGUGUGCUUAGGGUCAUUGUCCUUUUGGAAGGUGAACCUUUGCCCCAGUCUGAGGUCCUGAGCGCUCUGGAGCAGGUUUUCAUCAAGGAUCUCUCUGUACUUUACUCUGUUCAUCUUUCCCUCGAUUCUGACUAGUCUCCCAGUUCCUGCUGCUGAAAAACAUCCCCACAGCAUGAUGCUGCCACCACCAUGCUUCACCGUAGGGAUGGUGCCAGGUUUCCUCCAGACGUGACGAUUGGCAUUCAGGCCAUAGAGUUCAAUCUUGGUUUCAUCAGACCAGAGAAUCUUGUUUCUCAUGGUCUGAGAGCACUUUAGGUGCCUUUUGGCAAACUCCAAGCGGGCUGUCAUGUGCCUUUUACUGAGGAGUGGCUUCCGUUUGGCCACUCUACCAUAAAAGCCUGAUUGGUGGAGUGCUGCAGAGAUGGUUGUCCUUCUGGAACGUUCUCCCAUCUCCACAGAGGAACUCUGGAGCUCUGUCAGAGUGACCAUCGGGUUCUUGGUCACCUCUCUGACCAAGGCCCUUCUCCCCCGAUUGCUCAGUUUGGCCAGGCGGCCAGCUCUAGGGAGAGUCUUGGUGAUUCCAAACUUCUUCCAUUUAAGAAUGAUGGAGGCCACUGUUUUCUUGGGGCCGCUGUUUCAUUGCUGCAGAAUUGUUUUGGUACCCUUCCCCAGAUCUGUGCCUUGACACAAUCCUGUCUCUAUGGACAAUUCCUUCGACCUCAUGGCUUGGUUUUUUCUCUGACAUGCACUGUCAACUGUGGGACCUUAAAUAGAUAGGUGUGUCCCUUUCCAAAUGAUGUCCAAUCAAUUAAAUGUACCACAGGUGGACUCCAAUCAAGUUGUAGAAACAUCUCAAGGAUUAUCUAUGGAAAUAGGAUGCACCUGAGCUCCAUUGUAGAAUAAGGCUGUAACGUAACAAAAUGUGGAAAAAGUCAAGGGGUCGGAAUACUUUCUGAAUGCACUGUAUGUCAUGUAUUGUCUUAAAUAAUGAAGCACUUUGAUGCUGGUUUUGCUGGUGACCAGCAUAUGCUGGUACGCUGGUAAUCAGUUUAUGCUAGUGUCCAAAACACAAUCAAGGCUGGUCACCAGCAAAACUAGCACUAGUCACCAGCAUAUGCUGUUUUUUUCACCAGGGGACUUUGGCCAGACAUUACUCUUGUCGCUGUAGGAAAUCCUUUCUAAAGUAUCUGUGCCUACAUCCUCUGCAGGCUUCUGUGUUCAGCCCAUAUGCCUGCCUCUGCCCAUUGAGAGCUUCCCGCCCAGGACCAGCUGCCUUGUGAGUGGAUGGGAACAGACAAAAGAACGUAAGGCCCAUAUUAACUUUACCUUCAGUUUGACAUGUAUUCCAAACUAGCACUUCAAUAUGGACACUUGACUCUUCACUUGGAUUUUCUGGAUGUUUUGAUGAUGGAGACCUAGCCUGAUCCCAGAUAUUUUAUGCAAUUGGCGUGACAAUGACCAUAAGGAUUUGGUAAGACAGCACAAACAGAUCUGGGAUCAGGCUAAUGGAAACCCACUGUAUCCACAUUCAGGUGGUUGUCUACCUGACAUUCUAAGAGAGGUCCAGCUGGAGUAGGUGGAGCCAGCUAAGUGCAAGUAUGUUCUCCAGACCCUGAGACCCACACAGCAGGCCCUCACUGUGUUGUGUGCUGGACCAGAGAGAGGAGGCAAGGACACCUGCCAGGUACAGUAGAUAGGCUACAAUACAGCAUGCUGUCUGACUCUGCAUGUCAAAAUCUAUAACACAGUGUUAUUAUGCUUCAGUGGUCUCUGUCCAGUGUCUGGUGGAGGAUCUCUGGUUAUUUUCAGUCAUAACAGUUCCUCUGUUCAUAGACUUCCCAACAUUCCUUUGAGAGGUCCCUUAUCAGAUAAUGUUGUAUUCUCCCAUCUCCAGCGGGACUCUGGGGGUCCUCUGAUCUGCCCCAGAGAGGAUGGCCACUGGGCCAUGGUGGGGUUCACCUCCUGGGGGAAAGGCUGUGGCCGGAGCUGGAUCAUCAACAAGGCUAAGUCCCCAGCCAAGAUAGGAUCCCUGGGGGUCUUUCCUGAUGUCAAGAUGCUCCUGCCCUGGAUCAAGACGAAACUCAGAGGUUAUCUAACACGUUUUAGUCAGUGUAAGCCAUGCAGUUCUGGAUUUGUUGAAUUAAUUUAUUUAACAGAUGGUCUAAUAAAUUAUUUUGUUGUUGUUUUGUUCAGCAGUAGAUGCUAUCCCAAACCAAAUGAGUGGGUGUCGUACAGUGACAGUGUACAGGCCCGUUGCACAGGGGGAGGGAGAGCUGUGCUGAACUGAAUGCUCUCAUUGAAUGCCCUUUAAUUAAGUAUGCUUUUAGGCCAUGUUACUCACCACUUGAUAGCUGUCAUGGGCGGCUGGUAGCCAAGCUGUUAGACAGGCGAGCAGGCAGCCAGAGGGUUGCCAGUUUGAAUCCCAGGUCCGAAGGGAAAAUUCUGUCAGGAAGUGAGCUGGCAACCAGAGGGUUGCUGUUAUCAAAUCCUAGAUUCCAUUGCCUCCGUUGUGCCCUUGAGCAAGGCACUAAACCCCUCACAACAACAGCUCCCUGGGCGCCCAGUGUGGCAGCCCCCCCACACCUCUCCAAAAACCUGUAUGUAUGUAUAUGUUUCUUUCGGAGGGUUAACAGUGUAAGUUCAAUUUUGGUUGGACCUUGUGCGCAAUUGACCAAUAAAGUGAUCUUAAUCUUAGUCUUAAUCAGUUUAGUCAAAAGGUGGAAUACUUGUGACAGCUUUUUCACAAAGUAAUAGAUUGACUCUGUAGUAGUAGUAUAUGAAAUUGUUCUCGGAACAUCCUAAAUGCAUCCAAUUAGUUUUCCAUACUGAUUGUCUCUCUGUCUCUCUCUCUGGUAGUAUAUGUUCCUGGUCCAUCAAUGUUCCUUCAGGGAGGAAUAUUCUGCUGGAACUCGACAUAAAGAAUGACACCCUCUGUCACAGUGACCAGCUCACAGUAUUUGCGGGUACAGACUCAGAGAGGCCUAUUGGUGAGAGAUUAGGUUGCAUUAACCCUAUGUGUGUCUCCCUAGUUUUACCCUUCCCACCGGUUGAUUGGAUGGUUUUGACUUUGUGAUCUCCCAUUGGCUUUCUCUCAGUGGUGGAAAAAGUGCCCAAUUGUCAUACUUGAGUAAAAAUAAAGAUACCUUAAUAGAAAAUGACUCAAGUAAAAGUGAAAGUCACCCAGUAAAAGUCUAAAAGUAUUUGGUUUUAAAUAUACUUAAGUAUCAAAAGUAAAAGUAUAAAUCAUUUCACAUUCCUUAUAUUAAGCGAACCAGACGGCACCAUUUUCUUUUUUUAAGUAUAGCCAGGGGUACACUCCAACACUCAGACAUCAUUUACAAACAAAGCAUUUGUGUUUAGUGAGUCCGUCAGAUCAGAGGCAGUAGGGAUGACCAGGGAUGUUCUAUUGAGAAGUGUGUGAAUUGGACCAUUUUCCUGUCCUGUUAAGCAUUCUUUAUGUAACGAGUACUUUUGGGUGUCAGGGAAAAUGUAUGGGGUAAAAAGUACAUUCAUUUCAAUAGGAAUGUAGUGAAGUAAAAGUAAAAGUAGUCAAAAAUAUAAAUAGUAAUUUAAAGUACAGAUACCCCAAAAAACGAAUUAAGUAGUACUUUAAAGUGUUUUUACUUAAGUACUUUACCACCACUGCUUUCUCUUAGGAAGUUUCUGUGGCAGGCCCCCCCCCCCCCAGCCCCGGUGCUAAUCGACUCCCACAAGGCCUCUCUCCACUUUGUGUCUGACGUCAGUGGAACAGGAAGCAGAUUUGUUGUUAUAUUCCGAGGUGUUGAGGGGAAUUCUGUGCCUGGUGAGUAACCAGUAUGUCAGGGCAUGCCUGCUUGGCUCGCCAAGCCUAACCCCACUCACCCCAGGGAUAGAACAACUCUCAGAGUUGAUCCCCAGACGUGUUAACACCAGAACAUUAAACUAGUUAGCAUUGUAGAAGUGCUGUAUGUCAAAACUGUGUGUUUUUUUGCGAUUUUACAGACAACAGACUGACACUAAUGGAUGGAUCCUCAUAGCAUUUUUUUUCUGCUAAAUCAUUAUUUUGUUCUCUAUGUUUGUACUGCAAAUACCUGUGUAUUGCAUUCGUGACUUGACUUGAUGAUAGAGUACGAUGUUUGGCAGAGCUGUGUGCUGGGUCUCAUGUUUCAUCAUCCUGCCUGAUGACAGGAUGUGUCUAGUCCCUCAGAGUUCCUGACAAUAGAUAGGCUCCCUACUCUCUCUCUUUCAAUCCUAGCAGAGCCCUCCACCUUGUGAGCCACACACCCUCCAAGUGCUGCUAGUAAGACACACAUAUGCACGGAUGCACGUAUGCACGCACGUAUGCAUGCACACGCACACACAUACACACACAUCCUCAUGGGGCUAACUGAAUUAUAAUUCCUAAUUUUAUGGCUGACUCUCCCAUAGUUACAGAGCAGCCAGGGGGCACACAGCAGUCCCACGACCCGGCAAGGAGGUGCAGAGGGUCUGUGAUGAAAACACAAACUCCUCUACUUUAACUACACCACCACGUGGGUCAGAAACAGGAGCCAAGAUGGCUGGCUGACAGUGUUUGUGUUGUACGGAGGCACAUGUAUUGUCAAGGGUUAAGUGUGCGACAGGGUGAGUGUGGAGCCACAGACAGGGCAGGGCUUGUGGCUGAUAAUGCGUCCUUUGUGUUUGUGCAGCGUCGGGAUGUGGCACCGUGGCACUAGUCCAGGAUCAGAGGGCCGUUCAGAGUUUCAACUACACACAAACCUACAGCAACAACGCUGACUGCCACUGGGUCAUCUAUGCCCCCAAGGAUCACGUCGUCAAGGUGACACAUGUUGACCUAUACCUCUUAUGCAGUAGGGAUGCUAAUAUUUUGUGUACUGUCCUGUGCAAGGCCAUUGUGACCGAAGGGAAACCCCAGAUCGCUGAUCUCUCCCAGUGGAAUCAUGAAUACAUGCAUGGCACUCUGCCUACGCAGUUAGAGUUCGGUCUCUGGUGUGGAUGGAAUCAGUUUACCUGUACUGGAAAGAAUGUGAUAUUCACUUUGAUGCAACCUCCUGUGACACACACACACACACGAAGGAAUGCACACACUCGAACACACACAACCACUUCGAGGAGGGUAAUGUUUGUGUCCCUGUGAAAGCGGUGCUGUGUGGUAGGAGUGUGUCUCCCCCUGUUCUGAGCUAUGACAACGUGAUGGUACUCCAGUUCACCUCUGACAGCACGGUCACCUUCCGAGGGUUCCACGCCACCAUGUCGUUCAUCUACAAGACAGCUGAGUGUGACACCACUAUGAAACCAACACACACAAACCAAGCAUUCAUAUUGCUCUCCAUAACAACCCCACAGAUCAGUGUAUCAUGACACUUUCCAUAACAGAUCAUGCAUUUACAAUAUAGUACAUUUCAUAACUGUUGCAUGAUAAGAUAAGAUGCUUCGAUAUUUCGCAGAAAUUUGGCUGUCUUGUCACACUAGCUGAUCACAGACAAUCUGACUCUUUACUCCCUCAGACCUGCAAGACGAAUAUCAGCUUGACCUGGACGGGGAGUCAGAUCAUGACACUGUUCACUGCCGCCACUCACUGCUUUCCUUUGGCACCUUAGCCAUCUGAUUAUACAACAACUUCUGUGUUCAAAUGCUUUUGUACUGCAAACAAGGUACCUUGCGUCAGGGGCCUUUUGAAAGGCUGUGUGGUAUAUAGCAUCAACCAUAAACAGAGAACUGUGAUGAGCAUGUAAGGAUCUCCGACUGUCCCCCCUUACGGUAUGUAUAAAUGACAGGUAGUACAUUAAUUGGUUGAAGCCAGGGAUGGGCAACUAGCAGGGCCCCCCUUUUGUGGGUCCACGGACCAAUUUCCCCCCAAAAAGAAAAUAACUGUUGAGAGCUGGAAUAGUAGAAUACUACACAAGGUGCAAUUUCAAAAUGUGGUUGUGGAUCAGCAGUUUUUCUCUUACGUCAGUCACUGACAGUCACUCACCCAUGCAUAGCUGCGGGAAGUAGGGGUGCUGAGUGUGCUGCAGCACCACCUGAUAAAUCUAAAUAAAGACAAAAUAUAUAUAAACAAAUAUAUAUGUAAUAAUAAAGAAAGAAAUCCCACCAAAUUAGUGCACUCUGCCUUAAUUAAACUAUGACUAUGGUCAAUUUACCAACCGUAGGGUCCCCGUUGAUUUUGCUAGUCACUCUCACUCAGAUAUCAUAUUAAAAACUGCAAACAUUUCUCUCCACCCUAUGGAAAAUGUGUAGAAUUGCAGGACAUUAGCUGUAAAAUUGCUAAUUUUUCCUGGUUUAAGCACUUAAUGUGUAGGUUGGUCUUGCAGAAAAGGAUGCACAAAGGGCGCUUUCUGUUGUUAGCCAUCUCUUUGAAAAUAACUUGUGUGUGAAACAUUGUUGCAUUUAAAGUGGAACUGACAGCAUUUUAGCAACAUGAAAUCGUGAUUAUUUAAUCAAUUUUAGAAUACGGCUGUAACGUAACAAAAUGUGGAAAAAGUCAAAGGGUCUGAAUACUUUCCGAAUGCACAGUACCACUUAGAUAUGGUCAUUUUCACGUUUUCAUAAAUUCUUAGGAUGUUUGUGAAAAGGCAUUUAUGAACAUUCUAUAGCAAUAAGGAGUGGGAAAGUGGCUGUGCGUUUGGACAAUUAAUAGACACUGCAGUAAGUAAAACCAAAUAAAAACAUCUGUCUUGUCCAGGACCGGAGUCUACACAGACCGGUGCGAUAUAGCCAAUCAGAGCUACAGUAGACCUUUAUACGAACAAGCCAUUUGCCACACGGGCCUGCCAUCAUUCACUUUGAACUGGACUGUCUGUUUACAGGCAUUUGGAACAACGCGACUUUAGAUCAUUAGAACGCAUUCGCCAAAAGCCACAAAAUACACCUGAAAAGAUUUCUGCAAACACCACGGGAGGUAGGCUCUCUCUCCCUCAGUUAUGCACAUCAACAACAACAAGAUCAACAACUAAUGCUAGCAGAGCAAGAUGAGCUCAAAUCUAACGAAGGAACAUCAGAUAAACUCUCUCAAACUUUUUCAGCUAGUUGGCCGUCAAAAUUGCACUGAUAAACGAUGGGGAAUUGUAGCCUCCUCGUCCUUCUGCAGCUUGCCUGCCAAUGCAAGCUUGUCCCAACCAAGCACCCAAGCUAACUGGCUAAAGUUGGCUAGCAUGCUAGCUAUCUACUUCCAGACACAAAUGAGAGAACACCUCACUCUGACCAUUUUACUCGCCGUAGCAGAGGUUGUUUACAUGUUAUCUAGAGUGUUCUUGACUAACUAUAAUUGUUUUUGCCUACGUUUACUGACACUGGUCAUAUUCAGCAGGUGUUGCACGGUCGUAAAUUCAUCAGUUGUUCUGCACUUCGGCACAUUCAGAUGAGAAUCCUCUGAAAUCGGAAUAAAUAGCCAGAGUGAAUUUACGAACGCAAGAGAUAUGCUAACUGUAUAACAGUUGUUCAAGUUCUUGCUAGCUAACCAAAUGACACCUGCAUCUGUAGCUGUGUAUAGCCACCUAAAAACGAUAUGAGGGGAAAAAGUCAGUCACUCACCCACUCCUCCAAUGGCAUGACAUGACAUCCUCCUAGCAGCUAGCUCCGUGUUUUAAUCUUGCUACAUAAAUAGAUACGCUAGCCUAUUAGCCACGUUAUGACUGACUUGUGAUCAUUGCCCAUGCUAGUUUGAUUGUAUUGACAUUCCCAGCCUUAGUUGCAGUCCACAAUUUUUGUCCAGAAUAUUGAGUUAUUGAAACUGAAACCCCGAAUGGAGGCAGCAAACAAUGUACCAGGCCAGCUGAUAUUUACAACCUGAUAGCAAUAUUUGUGGGACUACCAAGCAAUGUAUUGGUGAAUUAAUCCUGCAUUGAACUGCAUCCAUCUAUUCUGCCAACAAUGCCUUAGUGUACGUCAUGGAACGUUGAGUCAAAAAUUACCUAUUUGUAAAACCUCUUAUAAAGUUGGUUUUGUAGUAUAAACUGGGAAUUGGAUAUAUUUUACUGAUAUUAUGAUUGUCUGUUUGUUUCAUAUCUGCAAAGUAGUUAAAACGCUGUCAGUUCCACUUUAAACUUUAGGUCACCGGUUACUUGGUGUGCUAAACGUGAAAUGUUUUUUGCAAUGGGAAGUAAUAGUUGUACAUUUUGAUUGGGAAAUGCUUAAUGGUUGUGUUUUUGUAUUCUUAUGAUUGGGACUUAAUGGCAUAUUAUGUCAGAGUUUAUGGACUGCUUAUCCUUUAACAUCAUGCUGUGUAUAACCUCUGUCUUUCCAUUGGCCCUAUGCAGUGGUGUAGUGGUGCCUGGAGAAGUGGUUAUACUCACAUUUUGCCAAAAAGUUCCCAAACGGCCCGCACAGCGAAGGAAAGACACCCUGUGUGAAACAUCCUGUUUUCCUAUGGUUUUCUGAGUUUUCCUAUAGAUUUGUCUGAUUUUCACACUCAAAAUCACACUUUUUUAAUAGAAAAAAUACAAAAAUGGGAUGUCAAAGUCCACAACAAUGCUUAAACCACAUGAAUCUGAUUGGGUGGGCCUGUCAGGGCCUGGCUCCACAGUGGGUUGGGCCUCUUUCCACCCAGGCCCAUCCAUGUCUACGCCCCUGAUGCAAACAGCACAUGAUGACAAUUGCGCAUCACAAUUAGCCUACUAACCAACACAUCUGACAAAACUGUUUCAAUACCUGGUUUGCAUAACCAUUGUUGCCUUAGUUAGCAUUUACUGGUAGAUAUCAUAAGUUGAAACGUCUUUCCUACCUUUCCGGCUACCGAUGUCAUUCUUCUGUGAGCUGCUCCAUGACAAAACCAGUUGAGAGCUGCACACUCUUGCUGCCUGCAGAUGAUAUUCCUCUGAAACAAGGUUAUUGGUGUGCGGCGCUCAUGUAAAUAUAUUUCACGUGCUUUGCGAUUGUGUACGCUACUUUGUGCAUGAUUUCUCUAUUGUACUACAUCAUUGAUAAGUCAUAUACCUGAAUAAUGAUGAGUGAGAAAGUUAGAGGCAUAAAUAUCAUUACCCCCCAAAAUGCUAAACUCCCCUGUUAUUGGUAAUGGUGAGAGGUUAGCAUGUUUUAGGGGUAUGAUCUUUGUGCCUCGGUAAAUUUCUCACUAAUCAUUAUUCACGAUUCAUUCAUGAUUAUCCGUAAUCAUGGUAGCAUCCACAUUAAUGUAGAAGUGUUUAGAAACAUAUUCUAUUCUUAUUUACAAUAAAAGUGACUAGAUACAUAAAGUGCUUAAUUUCUAAACAGUUAAACAGAUAUGUAUGAAAAUACCCUCAAAUAAAAGGGGGCAUUCUGUACUAUCGCCUCAUAUGAAGCAUUUGAUCUCAAAUCCAAAAUGCUGGAGUAUAGAGCCAAGCUUUUGACACUGUCCAAAUAAAUAUGGAGGGGAGUGUAACUGUGUGUGUGUUUGUGUGUGUGUGUGUGUGUGUGUGUGCGCCUGCGUACAUGUGUGCCUGCACGUGUGUUUGUGACCUCUCAGACUCGUGUGGAAUGUCUCAUGUCCGUGCUGCCUCGACCCCCAGUGAGUCUCUGGAGGGAGAGGGGGCGUCACGGCACUCCAGGCCCUGA